AUGCAUGUGACUGUGGAGGCCGAUGACAGCGGCAGUGGAAAUGACAGAGAAGGCAGUCCUGUGGCUGCAAAUGAAGGAGACAACUGCGAUGCCAUAGGAGGUGAUGAUGUGAAGAUAGAGGAAGAGGGUGAUGCUGAGAGUGCCACUGGCUAUUACUCAAGGCAAGAUGAAGCAUGGAGUGAUAGGAAUGUGCCAGGAGACAACACUGCUCAAGGCAAUGAAGAAGAGUCUGGCAAUGCUGCGGCCAAUACAGAAGGCCUAGAUGAAGCCAGUGAAGGGGAAGACCAGGAUGUGUGGGUGGAGCAAGACAAGGACACUGGAAAGGAAGAAGAAGGAUAUGGAAAUGAAGAAGGAAAAACCAGCGGUACGAAUCUGAAGGCAGGCAACAAUGAUGAUGUAAAUGAUGGUGAGGACAUUGUAGAUGGGAAGGAGGAAUACGUGGAUGUGAAGGUGCAGGAAAGCAGGGAUGCCAGUGAACAGAGAAGCAGUGAUUGGACUGGGCAGGAAGAUAGCAAUGACCGUGGGAAUGAAGUCGACCACGGAGGUUUUGCUGCAGCUGAGGAAGAAAAGAAGGCAAUGAUAAAAGUAGAUGACAAUGAUAGAAACGAGGAUGAAGAACAGGGCGGUGUACGUGUGGAGGCAAACAAGAAUGAGGAUAGAAAAGAAGACAAACAAGGUAACGUGGCUGCCAGAGAGAAAGGAGGCAGUGACGGGGGCAAAGAAGAAAAUGGCAAGGGUGAAACAGAAGAAAGAGAAGACACCCGAGAUGCUGGGGAUAAGCGAGGCAUCCUUUUAGUGGAUCACAUACAGUGGCCUGUGGAGGAACUGGAGAGAGGUUGCUCACUGACAGCUGAGCUGAUGGAGAGCUUCACGCGCGUCUUUGUGGACAGAGUGAGCAAUAGUUUCUACCCAGUGCCUCAAGAAGCCAUCGGGGUGGGCAGUGCCUUUGAGGGCUGGAGUCCCCGUGACUGGGACGGGGUGUACCGCGUGCUGGUCCCCCUGAAUCCCCCGCCAGGGUACGCCUUCCACCUAGAGCCGAACAGUGCAGGGCAGACGGCCGCAAGGACCUUCAGUGUCCGUGUGGAGCUGGUGUGCACGUGCAAGAGGGAGCAGCUGGGCCAGAAGCCGCUGUGCUUCCUGCACCACCCGAAGAAGAAGCUGGGGCGGAAGCGGAAGCGCAGCCUUCUAGAGACACUCUGCACCGGCUCCUACCUGGACGUGGAGAAAACCUCCCACUGGUUCUACCAGCUGCUGAGAUGCUCGUGGCGGCAUGUGCCUGAGUCAGACUCAUGGCACUUGGCGUUUCAGCCCUGCAGCCGUUCCUGCCGAUUCCAGCUGAGCAAAGGCAGGAAGAGGCUGGCGGUGGAGAUGCUCUUUGGGGUGCGCCAAGGGGACUCUGAUAUCUUUGUGGCCAGCCAGCCCACAGAGGCCCAGAAAGGCGGCUCCAGCAUCUUUGUGAGCAGCCAGACCGCCGAGGCCAACUUCAUGGCAAGCACAGCGUGGCCGGAGACGUACGCUGUGGCGGAGGCGAAAUUCCUCCGGCACAUCGCCGGGCAGGUGCCCUGUGAGAGCUUGCACCUGAAAUGCCUGCAGGUCUUCACCGGCAUCCUGAGGGGCACAGGUUUCUCCAGCUCCGUCUGGAAGACGGUGGUCAUGCACGUGCUGACCACCGUACCGCUGUCCCGGUGGCGCAGGAGGGAAUUUGCGCGGCGGCUGUGGGACGUCAUGGCGUACCUGCGCCGCUGCCUGCAGUCGAAACGCCUGGAGCACUUUGUGCUAGGCAACGAGAGGCUUCCUGCAGAGAUCAGCUUGCCACUGGCAGUGCGAAGGGUUGAGCCGCUCAACCUCUUUGAGCACCUGGCCCGAGAGCCGGCUGCCCACAGAGAGGCGAUGCGAGCUUAUGGUCAGCUGCGGUUUCGCCUCUGGGUGCUGCUCUCCAGCCUCUGA